AUGGCUCCUGAGCUGCCCCGCAUCUUCUUGCUUCCUACUCACUUACAAGAGGACGAGCGGCGCCAGUUGGAGGACAAGAUACCUACUCUGACUCACGAUUCUCAGGAAGCUGCCGUUAUAUUGGGAAAGAUAUCCAGACCGGAGCGCGCUCUUUUCGAGCUGAGGCGGCUUAGGCUUGCGACAGAACCAGUGGCCUCUGCCAGCAGACGUGAACGAGAUGAUGAUGAUGCCCAAGAGCCGCCGUCGAAACGUCCGAGACUAUCUGGACCAGAGGCUUUGAAACCCCAAAAUGAGACAGAUGGCGGCGUUUCUUUGAAUGUAUUGAGGCUGCAAAGAGAUGUUGUUCUGGUGCUCAAGCUGGCAUGGCUGUUGGAUUCUCUUGAACAAGACGCUGCGCUGCCCGUCGACGACUAUUUGCUCUACCUAGGCCGCAAACUGCCAUCUCAGCCCAAGAAGGACACAACUCCAAAGACUUCUCCGUCGAGACAAAGAUUGAAGGGCCGAGCCUCAGCAGUGCUCGCUCGUGCUGCCGAGGACCAACAGGGAAUCAGCACCAGCCCGCAUUCACCGCAGGCAGCAAGACGACGAACACAUUCUCCAAGCACUCCAAGUGGACGAAAACGAGCAGAGCCACCGACGCUGUAUCGCGAGACCACGUCGGAGCAUGAUAUUCCCUUGCCGCCGAUUCCUGAUUUUCUCCAUACGACGUAUUCUUGCCAGAGACCUUCUCCUGUCAACCCGCCAAAUGCUGCUUUCAUCGAAGAACUAAAGGACGUUCGUAAGCUGAGGCUUCUACAGGGAGAUAAGGUUGGUGUGAGGGCGUACUCUACGUCGAUUGCGUCUUUGGCUGCGUAUCCAUUUCUGAUUCAGCGACCACAGGAGAUAGAAAGACUGCCUGGAUGCGGGGGCAAGAUUGAAAAGCUAUACCGAGAGUGGAUGGCCGAUGGAUGUACUGCAGAGACCAAGGCGGCUGCAGUCAACACCGAACUAACUGUGCUGAGAAAGUUUUACGAGAUAUGGGGAGUUGCGGAUGCGACUGCUCGCGAAUUCUUUAAGAAAGGGUGGCGAGAUCUCGAUGACAUCGUAGAGCAUGGAUGGAGCUCGUUGCAAAGAGCGCAGCAGAUUGGCGUCAAAUACUAUGACGAUUUCCAGCUCAGGAUCCCACGAGCAGAGACGGAAGCCAUUGCCAAUGCAAUUCUCACUCACGCCCGGCGAAUCAACCCAGGCUUCCAAAUGGUAAUUGUUGGCAGCUACCGGCGAGGCAAGGCUGAGAGCGGUGACGUUGAUGUGAUCAUAAGCCACCCCGACGAAGCUCAAACACUCAACGUUGUGAAAAGGCUGAUUUGUAGCCUAGAGAAGAGCUCUUUCAUCAAGCAUACUUUAAGUGUUUGGACGCGAAAUAGUAAUCGUGAACAAGCCCCUCUGCCAUGGCGUGGUCAAGAUCGCUCUGCUGGGUCGGGAUUUGAUACCCUAGACAAGGCAAUGGUAGUUUGGCAAGAGCCGAGAGACGGCAGAGAGCACGGAGGUGCACCGGCGCCUCACCGAAGAGUAGACAUCAUCAUCAGCCCCUGGAAGACGGCUGGAUGUGCGAUACUUGGAUGGAGUGGAGAGACGACGUUCCAGAGAGACCUUCGACGCUACUGUAAGGCGAAGAUGGGGUUGAAGUUUGACAGCAGCGGCAUCCGGAGACGUGCAGACGGCUCGUGGGUGGAUCUGGAGAGCUCGGAGCAAGGACCGGCACCUGAUAUGGAAACGGCUGAGAGGCGCGUGUUUGAAGGGCUGGGGCUAGAGUGGCGGCCGCCAGCAGAGAGGUGUACAGGAUGA